AUGCGUUUCCCAACAUCCCUUACCGGUAUCAUGACCGGGAUAUUCUUCUGGGGACUUGCUACCGCGGCCCCGUCGGGAUUACAGACACUAGAACCUCGAGCUGCUGGAUCAUGCCACUCUGCAACCAGCCGUGCUUGUUGGAGUUCCGGCUAUACCGUCCAGACGGAUUACGAACAGAGCACCCCACCAGGCGGCAUCAAGACUUUCAACUGGGAGAUCACGGAGCAUGACAAUUGGCAAGGCCCCGAUGGCAGAGUCAAGAGCAAGGUCAUGCUCGUCAACAACCAGUACCCCGGCCCAACUUUGACGGCUGACUGGGGAGACACCAUCAAGGUCACUAUCAAGAACAGCCUUCGCAUCAACGGCACCUCGAUCCACUGGCAUGGCUUUCGACAGUUCGGGACCAAUAUCCAAGAUGGUGUCAAUGGCAUCACCGAAUGUCCCAUCCCUCCAGGAGGAUCCAAGACCUACACCCUCAAGGCGACCCAAUAUGGAACGUCCUGGUAUCACUCCCAUUUCUCUGCUCAGUACGGCAACGGUGUCGUCGGUUCCAUUGUGAUCAACGGGCCUGCCUCCUCGAACUACGACAUCGACCUUGGCGCCUAUCCGAUCUCCGACUACUAUCUGAGGACGGCUGACCAGAUCGUGGGGGACACAAUGGUCAGCCCUGCACCCCCAGCCAGCGACAAUGUUCUGUUCAACGGCAAGAACAUCAACCCUGUAGGGAGCGGUGGCGAGUAUUCCAAGCUGACUUUUACGCCCGGCAAGCGACACCGUCUCCGGUUCAUCAACCCUUCCGUCGAGCACAACUACCAGGUCUCCAUCGUCGGCCACAACAUGACCGUCAUCUCGACGGAUUUCGUGCCGGUCAACUCGUUCUCGACCGACAACGUCUUUCUCGGCGUGGGCCAACGUGUGGAUGUCACCAUUGACGCAUCGAGGACGAUCGGCAACUACUGGAUGAACGUCACCAUGUACGCAAACAACUUCUGCGGUUCUUCAGUCAACACCUUCCCCGCUGCCAUUGUCCAAUAUGCCGGGGCUCCGAACACCAACCCGACAGACAAGGGAACUCUGCCUGCCAACACCAACUGCAGAGACAGCCUGGACUAUGUGCCCGUGGUGACGCGCCAAGCCCCGUUAGACACAUUCACCCCCAACGCAUCAGACACCCUCGACAUCACCCUCGAGACAUCGGCCCUGGUGAGCUGGAAGGUCAACAACUCAUCCAUGGUCGUCCAAUGGGACAAGCCGAUCAUCCAGUACGUGAUGGACGGCAACACCUCCUACCCCACGUCCGAGAACGUCGUCGUCGUCAGCCAGCCCAACCAGUGGACCUUCUGGGUGGUCGAGAACGAGUCGCCCAUCCCCCACCCCUUGCACCUGCACGGUCAUGACUUCAUGGUGCUUGGCGCCUCGGCCGCCAACGCUGGGGCCUUCACGGCUGCGGACAAGACCCAGCUCAAGGCGAAUAACCCCGUCCGUCGCGACGUGACCAUGCUCCCUCCCAGUGGGUGGGUGAUCCUGGCUUUCAAGGCCGAUAACCCGGGGAACUGGCUGUUCCACUGCCACAUCGCGUGGCAUGUUGCAGGCGGGCUGAGCGUCGACUUCCUCGAGCGCGUGCCAGAGCAGAAGGCGCUGAUCAGGCAGGCCGACUCGACAGCCUUCAAUUCCAACUGCGCGGCCUGGCGCAAGUACUAUGCUACGAGCCCCGAGAAGCAGAUGGACUCGGGCCUCAAGAUGCGAGAGAUCACGAUUUGA